AAAAUCAAGGGAAAAGUGCAUUCCGGUUUUGUCUACGUGUUUUUCGCUGCUUACGCUCCCAGGAACGGGAAAAAUAAAUAGCAUUUUUGGUUGAAAAACGGAACUCCCGUCCAGUCCAUUCGCUCCCAUCGCAAUCCUCGUCACUCGGCCCUCCCCGGGAAGUCAUGUGCUAGUGGUGGAAUACGGUCGAUUAUCGGUUUUUCGAUUUUUGGUAUUCAGUGGAGUGUCCCUCUUCGGUCGCUCGGUCAAACAAAACAUGAUGAAGUCCGCAAUGAUUUCACUGGCGCUGCUAGUUUUUCUGGUGUCCCUAGCGGCUGGCGAUGAGCACAAUCAUAUGUACGAAGACCACGAAGAAGUGGUACUAUGGAUGAACACUGUUGGGCCGUACCAUAAUCGGCAGGAGACGUAUGCCUAUUUCUCGCUUCCGUUCUGCGUGGGAACCAAACAGACUAUCAACCACUAUCACGAAACGAUGAGCGAAGCCCUGCAGGGGGUGGAGUUGGAGUUUAGCGGGUACGAGAUUGACUUUAAAGAUGACAUCGCUCCGACCGAAAUCUGCAUGGUGGAACUGACCGAGAAGAAGCACAAAGCAUUCGUGUAUGCAGUGAUGAACCAGUACUGGUACCAGAUGUACAUUGACGACCUGCCCAUCUGGGGUGUAGUCGGCAAGGAGGAGGAUAAAAAGUACUACAUCUACACGCAUAAAAAGUUCGACGUUAGCUACAACGGCAAGCAGAUUGUGGAUGUGACCUUGACUCCGGAGAAGAAGGAACUGCUGAAGGUGGGCGCCAAGAUGAAGUUUACCUACGAAGUCAACUGGAAACCGAGCAACGUCAAGUUUGAGGAUCGAUUCGACAAGUAUCUGGAUCCGAACUUCUUCCAGCACCGGAUCCACUGGUUCAGCAUUUUCAACAGCUUCAUGAUGGUUAUUUUCCUCGUCGGCUUGGUAUCGAUGAUUCUGAUGCGAACACUGAGAAAGGAUUACGCUAGGUACAGCAAGGAUGAGGAAGCUGACGAUAUGGAACGAGAUCUGGGUGAUGAAUACGGAUGGAAACAGAUCCACGGAGACGUAUUCCGACCGGCAUCGAAUGCUAUGCUCUUUUCGGCACUCAUUGGCGCCGGAUAUCAGCUUACUUCCGUGGUGCUAUGUGUUAUUAGUUUUGCAAUACUCGGAGAGUUGUACACAGAACGAGGAUCUAUGCUUUCGACGACAAUCUUUGUCUACGCAGCAACAUCGCCCGUUAAUGGCUACUUCGGAGGAUCACUAUACGCUCGGAUGGGUGGGAAGCAAUGGAUCAAACAAAUGCUCCUGUCCGCAUUCAUCGUUCCGGCUUUGGUCUGUGGAACGGCAUUCUUCAUCAACUUCAUUGCGAUCUACUAUCAUGCAUCGAGGGCGAUUCCAUUUGGAACGAUGGUUGCCGUUACUUGUAUCUGCAUCUUCGUGAUCCUCCCGCUGACGCUGAUAGGAACGAUCGUCGGUCGCAAUCUGGACGGUCAACCGGACUACCCAUGUCGGGUGAACGCCGUUCCUCGGCCCAUUCCGGAGAAGAAGUGGUUUAUGGAACCCCUGGUGAUCAUUCUGCUGGGAGGAGUUCUGCCUUUUGGGUCGAUCUUUAUUGAAAUGUACUUCAUCUUCACCUCGUUCUGGGCGUACAAGAUCUACUACGUGUACGGUUUCAUGCUGCUGGUGUUCCUGAUUCUGAUCAUUGUGACCGUGUGCGUGACAAUCGUGUGCACAUACUUUUUGCUCAACGCCGAAGACUACCGAUGGCAGUGGACCAGCUUCAUGUCGGCGGCUUCGACGUCGAUCUACGUCUACAUCUACUCAUUCUAUUAUUUCUUCUUCAAGACAAAAAUGUACGGCCUUUUCCAGACGGCGUUCUACUUCGGCUACAUGGCGCUGUUCUCCGGUGCCCUCGGUAUCAUCUGCGGCACUGUUGGCUACAUGGGAACGAACAUAUUCGUGCGGAAAAUUUAUUCCAAUGUAAAAAUUGACUAAUUUUAUUGUAAUAGUAUAGCCACUAACAGCAAAGGAAAUGCCGAUCCUCAAUUGAUUAGAGUUUUUUUUCCAUAAUUAUUUGUUUUCUGUUCCCAAGUCUAUAACUGAUGAUUAAUUAUAUUAAUUAUAUGUAUUAGCAACACAGCAGUAGUUACUGAAAACAAAGGAAACAAACUGAAGAUAACGCUACAAAGUUAGGACUCCACACCAACGUAACGAAAUGCAAAUAGAAAGCCACAAAAUGUUACGGAAAGAAUAAUUUUCGGGUAACGUUGACAUAUGAGCAAUUAUAUGAAAAAUUACUGUGUUUUUAAAUCUUAAGUUAUGUGUAAAAAAGUAACAAACAACUAUUGCUGUUCGAGCAGAACGAUCCUAGGGUUAUUAAGGUAUAUAUUUUUUGUUCCGAACUAAGACUUGCAAACUACUCGUACUGACGACAGCCACGCAUUCAUCUAGUAGUGUGAUAGUAGAAGAGAACCGAAAAUGGUAGAGAAUGCUGCAAAACAAACAAAAACUGCAACAACAAAAAAACCCGAUGCUAAAAGUGUGUAAUAAUUAUGUCUAACGGUAACGGACAAAGGAGGAGGAAGCGCAUAUAAAUAGUUAAAUAAUUGUAUUCUCAUGAAGGCUUCUUCUGAUUGUGCUACCAACUGGCAGUUUUUAUUUGAGUAUAAUAGUGAAUGAAUAAACAACAUUUAAAAGAACUGA